GGUAGGACCCUCCUGCACCCUCAUCAGCCAGGGAGCGGUCAUUUCAGACCCGCAUCCCCGGGCAGGGACCCCCUUUGCAGAAGGGCAGACUGAGGCCGGAAGGGGCUUGGAGGGGCCCGUGGAGGCCGGAGGGCCAAAAGAACAGAAGACCGUUCUGGCCCCCUCCCCCAUCACGCAGCAGGGAGCACCGUAGAAAGUUGGGGCUCCCUGCGCUUGCAAGGACUGAGCUGUGUCAUUGAAUCCAAGUCAGGAUGGGUGUUCCAGGCGGUGUGGAUCCCAGAUGGAGCUGAGGCUGGGUGGCCAGACUGCCUGCUGAUGCUGGCCUACAGGGACAAGUCGGAGCGAGCCAAGGGGCUCCGGGAACGCAGCAGCCUCACACUGGAGGACAUCUGUGGCCUGGAGCCCGGCCUGCCCUACGAGGGCCUGGUCCACACGCUGGCCAUCGUCUGCCUGUCUCAGGCCGUCAUGCUGGGCUUCGACAGCCGGGAGGCCAUGUGUGCCUGGGACGCUCGGAUCCGCUACGCGCUCGGCGAGGUCCACAGGUUCCACGUGACGGUGGCCCCAGGCACCACGCUGGAGAGCGGCCCCGCCACCCUGCACCUCUGCAAUGACAUCCUCGUGGUGGCCAGGGACGUGCCACCAGCUGUCGCGGGGCAGUGGAAGCUGUCAGACCUCCGGCGCUACGGGGCUGUGCCGAACGGAUUCAUCUUUGAAGGCGGGACCAGGUGUGGGUACUGGGCUGGAGUCUUCUUCCUGUCCUCGGCUGAGGGAGAGCGGAUCAGCUUCCUGUUUGACUGCAUCGUCCGCGGCAUCUCCCCGACCAAGGGUCCCUUUGGGCUGCGGCCGGUUCUCCCAGACCUGAGCCCCGGGGGACCCGCCAACGUGGAGGAGCGAGUUGCUCAGGAGGCCCUGGAAACCCUGCAGCUGGAGAAGCGGCUCAGCCUGCUCUCCCACUCCGGCCGGCCAGGCAGCGGAGGGGAUGACCGCAGCCUGUCUGGCUCGUCGUCGGAGGCCAGCCACUCGGAUGUCAGCGCCAGCAGCCGGCUCGCAGCGUGGUCAGAGCCAUCCUCGUCCUCGGCCAGCACGUCGCAAGAGGGGCCGGGGUUGGCGGCUGCCCAGGCCCCCGGGGAGGCCGCAGUAGGCGCCUCGAGGCCGCCCCUCAAGCCGCUGCGGCCGCGGCAGCUGCAGGAGGUCGGCCGCCAGAGCUCCUCAGACAGUGGCAUCGCCACGGGCAGCCACUCCUCCUACUCGGGCAGCUUCUCCUCCUGCGCAGGCAGCAGCCUGGAUCCCGGGGUGGCCGGGGAGCGGGUGGGGCCCCGGGGCCUCUCCUGUGGGGCUGGGCGGGCCCCAGGACAGACACCUGCAGGCCGCUUUUGCCUUCAUCCGCUCUCUUCCCUGUGCUCACUGUUGGGCCUUGCGCUCCUGGCUGGGAACAACCUGACAGGCUCCGGCUUCGUCCUGCUCCUGCACCCCGAGGGCAGCCAGCUUCGCUCCCCCUCCUCAGGACGGGGGCAGUGUGAGCGGGCUUUUCAGGAGGACGGAUUUAGGCCAACCCGGGGUGCCCAAGAGCGCAGCCGGCACCAGAGUCAGGGAGCCGUGUCCGGAGUCUGGGCUGCACUGUUGCCCCCUGGAGAUGGGGUCGGCUUGUGCACCCCUAUUCCAACCAGCAGAGCCCCUGAGGCCCACUGCCAGGCCGCCGUCCCGGGAAGCACUUUCCUGUCACGUGCCCCCGGCCCUGGUGGGACCCAUCUUCUCACAGGUUUGGGGGAUGGAGGUCCAGGUGGCAGCGAAUGUGCCCGCAGUGGGCCACCAUGCCUUCCUCCUGAUCUGCCAGCAGACCCGUCCCCCAGCUCUGAGGCCACCAAAUCCCCGUCUUCCUCUGGACCCCUAGUCAAGCACCUCGAAGCAGCCACUCUGCAGCUCCCCCUGGUGGGGGUCACUCUGGGUGCCCUAUUCAGAGCAGGGGGCAGGGCACAGGGCCGGAGUGAUGUCACAGCCCUCGCACAUCUCGCGGCUGCAAGCCCACCGCACAGCCAGCGGCACGUGAAGCCCUGCGUGGCUGUGCGCCUGCAGCGCGGUUUACAAGAACAGGCCGGUCUGGGCUUGGCCUGGGGCCUGGGCCGCCGAAGCCCCACCCCAAACAGGGCCACGCGUGUGUCGGGGCGGCCGGAACCCGGGCCACUCUUGGGGCGCAUCCGGGCUCUCGGGCUGGGUGCAGGUGUCCCCGCUGAGCAAGCAGGAGCCCCGCAGGCCUUGCUGGGGCAGAGAAGGGAUGAGGUGAAAGGCUUCUGUGCAGGCGGGGGCCUUCAGAAGGCGCCCCACAGUGGUGUCCGGUGCCAGGACAAGACGACCUGGCCGUGUCCUAAGGUCAGGCCCUCAGGGAGGAGGGAGGAACUUGGCAUUUGCCCCUUGAUGUGGCAUUGGGCCCCUACCCCAUGUGUCUGUGCCCGGCGGGACCCAGAGGGCAGGCGUGUGGAGGAGGCUGCUGGUAAGGGGCCAGACGGCGGCUGGAAUCCUUCCCUGCAGGACCCUGUGCCCAGUGGACAGGCUCUCAGGCAGGUCAGAAAAGGAGCCGCGGGGCCCGAGGGGCCGCGCAGUGAGGCGCACACCUACGCGAAUGUCCCUGUCAGCCCCUCCUCCCCACAGCAGCUGCACUACUUGAGGCUGCAGCUGCAGGCGGCCAGUGCGGGCAUCCGAGGGUCUGGAGCCUCCCGCUACGCGCAGAUCGACAUCCUGGCCACCGAGGCGGCCCACAGGGCGGGGGCCCUGCAUGCACACACCAGGAAGGAGCGGCUGCACGACCUGGAGCAGAGGCGGAAGGGGGUCCCGCGGUGAGGUGGCUGGACUCCACCAAGACCGAUGCCCCAAGGGAGCGGCCCCACGGCAUCUCUGUUGUAUCCUGACGGUCAGGCUCCGAGCAGAGGGUGGGCGAGCUGCCCUGGGCCCUGGUGCAGGCGGGUGGACGGUUCUGGGGCUCCUGUCCUCCCGCCUGGAACCUCCCGAGUCUCUGGUGUCCAGAGCCCGCCCUUCCUCUGACGUCCACUCUGGCCCCCAGGCCGGCGGGAAGUGCCACCUGGACAGAUGCUGGGUGGCUCCGGUUGGACCUGGUGCAGCGUCUCAGCACCUGGUGAGCAGUUUCCGGCCCUGGAGGUGGUGACCACCCAGUGACAGCGAUGCAUCCCAUCACUUGAGCACCUGGCCCCCCACGCCCUCCGCAGGGCCCCAGCCAUCCCCAUCCUGGUCACCGCUGCCUGUGCC